UUACAAAGCCAUUUGCAAAUAUAUUUGUGUACAAAUUUUUGUAACAACAAACCUCUUUCUAAUAAGAUUAUUUCUUUAAUAUGUCAGUUGUUUCAGUAGACUGGGAAAAACAUUAAAAAUGUGUUCGGAAAUGCCAAAGGAGUUUCAGAAGACCAGUGAAGUGUUACCUUUUACUAAGUAUGGCUUGUCCUCAGUUAAGGAAUUUAGGAAAGUUGAAACUGAAAUACAGCAUUUAGAAUACCUGAAAAAGAUUGGUCUAUCCAAUGAAGAAAUAAAAUUGUAUCAAGAGAACGAGGCAGGCUUCUUAGAUCAGCGUCAGAAGAUCGAAUCAAGUAUCUUGAAGGCAAAACUGAAGACUUUGUAUAAUAAAAUUAAAGAUUCACAAAAUGAAGCUGAGAGCCCCCAACAAUUGUCCUGUGAUGCUCCUAGCACAUCUUCUGCAGUAGCAAAGGAUACAAUCAGUAUGGUACACAAACAAGCAGCAAAAUUCUAUGCCGAAGGGCAUCCCAUGAAUGAGCUUAAAGAAAUCGAAGAAGAUCUCUUUGGCCAUCUAAAGAAUGAAAAUAUCAUACCAAUAACCAAAAGGCGUAAAUUACUGAGACAUUUAGAACGCAAGAAGGAGAAAGUUAUAUCCCAACAAAAAGAUCCCGGUAUUGACCCUAUAGCAGGGCCAUCUCAAGUAAAACCUGGAAGCUUAUGGGAUGUUAAGGAAAUCCCUGUGAAACAACCACCAUCAAAUUCAGAUAACCGUAUCAUAGGACCUAAAAAACGGACAAUGUAUACCAUAAAAGAGGAUAAAAUAGUACGCCUGGAACCAGUACAGCAUCGGGAAAAUGCAGACGAGGAGUUCAGGGCCGUAGAUAUUGUAGUACCAGUUAAUGCUGCUGAGGAACAGCUUUUAGAAGGCACAAAGAUGUGCUUGGAUGACAUCAAGAAGAUUGACAGGUUUAAAGAUUAUGAACCCGGAUUACCCUCAAAAGUGCUAUUCCUCAAAAAUAUAUCCACGAGAGUACCUCAGGAGCAGCUGUCACUGCUGUUCAACCAGUUCCACCUGGAGAAUGGAGGCCCGGUCGAGUUGCGACUGAUGUCGGGUCGGAUGAGAGGACAGGCCUUUGUAACAUUUCAAAGUGAAGACCUAGCCAUUCAAGCAUUGGUAGAGAUAAAUGGUACUAUAUUGGGAGGACAACCAAUCAUUGCCCAGUUCGGGAGGAACAGUAAUCGUAUACAGAUGGAAGAGAACAGAUAAACACAUAUUUUUUAUACUUGUCUAAUGUCUCAGUGUAUUAAGUAAAUACAUUUUAUUAUUUAUUAAGUAAACUAAUAUAUUAUACUUAUAAUCUACAUUUCUUGUAAAUAAAGCAUAAUUAACGAAAA